GCGUAAGGAUGAGGUGACCCACAUUAAGAUCCAGAACACUGGUGACUACUAUGACCUGUAUGGAGGCGAGAAGUUCGCCACACUGGCCGAGCUGGUGCAGUAUUACACUGAACAACAGGACCUCCUGCGCGAGAGGAAUGGUGACGUCAUUGAGCUUAAAUAUCCGCUCAACUGCAAGGACCCCACAUCUGAGAGGUGGUACCACGGGCACCUCUCAGGUCGAGACGCAGAAAAACUGCUCACGGAAAAAGGCAAAGCCGGCAGCUUUCUGGUACGGGAGAGCCAGAGUAAACCGGGAGACUUUGUCCUCUCUGUUCUCACUAAUGAGGAGAAACAUGACAAUGUGGAUCGCAAGACCAAGGUCACCCAUGUGAUGAUACACUACCAGCAGGACGGCAAGUACGACGUGGGUGGUGGUGAGAGGUUUGACACCCUGGCUGACCUGGUGGAGCACUAUAAAAAGAACCCCAUGGUGGAAAAAAGUGGCAUUGUAGUACACCUCAAACAGCCUUUUAAUGCCACGAGGAUAAAUGCUGCCAACAUUGAAAACCGGGUACGAGAGCUCAACAAAGUAGCAGACAAUUCUGAGAAACCCAAACAAGGAUUCUGGGAAGAAUUCGAGGUACUUCAGCAGCAGGAGUGUAAACUGCUGUAUCCCCGGAAAGAAGGCCAAAAGCCAGAAAACAAGAGUAAAAACAGAUACAAGAAUAUCCUCCCCUUCGACACGACACGUGUUGAAAUCAGGGAAAUGGAUCCUGAUGUUCCUGGUUCAGACUACAUCAAUGCCAACUAUAUCAGAAGUAUGCAUGAAGAUGGACGUUUUGUGGAGGAGGGGAAAGUCUUCAUUGCCACCCAAGGGUGUCUGCAAAACACAGUCGUUGACUUCUGGAAGAUGGUGUAUCAGGAGAAUUCACAUGUAAUUGUCAUGACCACAAAGGAGAUGGAACGAGGACGGAACAAAUGUUUCCGUUACUGGCCAGACCUUCAUGCCACUAAGGAGUUUGGAAAAGUGCUGGUGAGGAAUGUGGACGAGCGGCCAGCACAAGACCAUAUCCUGAGGAAGCUGGAGGUGACACGUCUGGACCGGGUAGGGAACGCUCUAUUCCCAGUCUGAGCUGACCCACUGACCUGAGGACAAAUUAUCUCACACCACACAUGCACAUGCUUGUGUUUGUACACUAUAAGCUUGCACUUGUGGAUUCACAGAUCCACAAUCCAGUGCUCAUGCUCAGUUUUUUUGUUUUUUUUUGUGCUAAAUGCAUAAAUAAAUAAAUCUUUAAUGCUGCGUUUGGCGCGUGUAUACAAUAAUAAGCAAAAAGUUCAGAGUGCCUGCCUUUCUUUUUUUCUGUGUUUAUUAAUGAAAGCUUAGAGGCUGUUGCUUUGAUCAGUGAGGAACACUGAAUAUUUCAGGGGUGAUAUUUGGACACACACACACAGUCUGGAUGUUAGGUGGGCUAUAGCAACAGAGGUGGAAUAUCCUCUGUUAACUUUUAUUACAGUUCUUCUUUAAAUGGGUUAAAUUUUGAUUUGAGUAUUUUCUUUUCAUUUCAGUCUAGUUCCAGUUAGUUUCCAGAAUAGGUCUGUAUGUUUCAGUUCAGUUUUUAUUCAGAAGAAAUGUGAUCGGAAGCACGAUGUAGGCUAUUCAGAUAAGGUGUGACAACACAAACAACACUUUGGUUUAUGAGAAUUAUGAUGUUAUUUGAUUGUGAGUUUCCAUUAACACAGUCUCAUCAGGCUGAUUUGGAGAGGAAAUGUCUUAGGUUCUAGGAAUCCUUUGGUUUUCAUUUUCCGAUAGCUAGUUCUGUUUU